UGUGUAUAAUUUCCUUGUGUUUGUUUCUUCCUAUCAAUGUCGUAUAGAAAUGGAUGGUUUUAAUCAGGAAGUGGGUGUACUAAAAGGACCAAGUGGUAAACGGAAAAUGUGGUACUUUACCGGGUUUUGUUCGAGUUAUACUUUCUCCUUCUCUUCUUUCCAGAAGUUCUUUUUAAUAUUCAAGUAUUUUUUUUGCCCGUUUUGUUGCUUAUAGAAGAGCGAAGUGAUGGGUAAACAGAGGAACAAUUUGUGUGUUUUGACCUUCCUUUGCUUCGUAUGAAGAACUCAGUUGAAGUGAGGUUGCAGGAACGAAUUAUAAUGAUUGUUUGUGGCGCAGCUAAAUACAUGGAUAUCUAGUAAAGAUUUCAAAAAUUUAGGUUGCUUCAUUUUCGUUUGCUCUGUGUUUCCCUUUGGGUAAGACAAAGCCCCUUCCUGAAACUUGGAUAAAAAACUGGCGGCUGGCACUGGUAAAAUUAAAAGGGGUGCAUCCUAAGUUAAGUGCUUUUGUUUUUGGGAACAGAUCAAAUGUUUUUGUUGGCCAUGCCCUGCUUCCUUACUUCUCUCCUAGAUAAUAGAAGCUUUUGGGAGCCAUAUUGUCUUCUUUGUAGCUCUUCAUAGGGUGCUUAUCAUCCGCAUGGUAGAGGUCUGCUGUCUGUAUAUUACAACACAUAACAUAAAAUUGCAGCCAUGUGCAAUUCGUGGGUGGAAAAUCAUGAAUGUAAUGGAAAGUAAGUUUCCGGCUUAGCUGAGAGUGGGACAUGCAACCUAGGUUUCCUGAUGUGAAUGCUGGGUGGCAAUCUCCCAUACAAGCUGUUGUCACUCCCAUGAAUGGCAAGUUUAGGCUGGUUUUUGACCUGACAGAAGUAAAGCCACAUGAAUUUGUCCAAUAUGGAUUGGGUUGCUUAGAGACAUUGGCACUCCGGGGGGAUGAAUGUGCAAAAGAGUCUCGUGAAAGGAUGAGAAUUGUGGUUGCAGGAGGGGAUGGUACAGUUGGUUGGGUACUUGGAAGUCUUGGAGAACUUCACAAACUGAAUCGGGAACCAAUUCCUCCAGUUGCAAUUAUUCCACUUGGCACUGGCAAUGACUUGUCUAGGAGUUUUGGCUGGGGUGGCACAUUCCCUUUUGCAUGGAAAUCAGCUGUCAAGAGAACUCUCCACCGGGCUUCUGUUUGUCCAAUUUCCCGUCUGGAUAGCUGGCAUCUUCUAGUGUCAAUGCCAUCUGGAGAGGUCGUCGAUGCCCCUCAUUCUCUGAGGUCUACAGAGGAAUGUGCUCUUGAUCAGGGUUUGGAGAUCGAGGGUGAGCUGCCUCCAAAAACGAAUUGCUAUGAAGGAGUUUUCUACAAUUAUUUUAGCAUAGGAAUGGAUGCUCAAGUUGCUUAUGGCUUCCACCAUUUACGUAAUGAGAAACCUUACCUUGCUCAGGGCCCUAUUUCAAAUAAGCUUAUCUACUCUGGUUACAGUUGCACACAGGGUUGGUUCCUCACGCCUUGCAUAAGUGAUCCAAGUUUAAGAGGACUCAAGAACAUCCUAAGGAUGCACAUCAAAAGGGUCAAUUGCUCAGAAUGGGAACAGAUUCCGGUUCCUAAAAGUGUGAGGGCUGUGGUUGCUCUAAAUCUUCAUAGCUAUGGAAGUGGAAGAAAUCCAUGGGGGAACCUGAAGCCAGAGUAUUUGGAAAAGAGAGGAUUCGUUGAGGCGCAUGCAGAUGAUGGCCUUCUAGAAAUAUUUGGGUUGAAGCAAGGAUGGCAUGCCUCAUUCGUUAUGGUUGAGCUUAUUUCCGCAAAACAUAUUGCUCAGGCUGCAGCAAUUCGAUUAGAAAUUAGGGGAGGGGAGUGGAAAGAUGCAUAUAUGCAGAUGGAUGGAGAACCAUGGAAACAGCCGAUGAACAAGGAGUAUUCAACAUUUGUUGAAAUCAGGAGAGUUCCUUUCCAAUCAUUAAUGGUGAACGGAGACUGAGUACAUCUGACUGGUUCUUUCUCUGUUGGGAUGAGCAUAAAGCAACCUAGGGAUUGUAAAAUUAUGUUGAUGCUCCCAAGUUAAACGACUGGGGCCUCUGUUGUAUCUCAUUCAUUAUUAGUUAAAAUUUCAUCUUCUUUCUUCUAACCAGAUUGGGAAGGAAACUAAUAGCCAGUUCAGUAAUUAUUGACUGGAUUACUGA